AUGUGGUACUUGCAAAUCUUCUUGACCGUGUCGGCUUUCUUUGCAGCCGUCGUGGUGUCUCAAGAAGCUUUCCUCUGGAUUCAGGGCGGCUUUGAAGAUUCUACAGCCACGGAUGACACUUUCAACAUCGGCGGAACCAUUGUGGUGAACGGCUUUACAAUGAACGUUCCAAAGAACCUUUUGGUGCAGUUUCCAGGUGCCUGGGUUCCUUGGAAAGAGUUCGUUGCCAACAAGGGCAAUUUUGCUGACUAUGAAACCCUCGUCAUCGGCAACAGCAUCAACGGAGAGCCUCGAGUCGCCCAAGUCCAGCUCUACGAGUUUUUUGAGGGUCUCAGCAGCGGUUUUGUUGAGUCUGUCGACUUUGAAGACGGAAGUCUCAAGAUUCAAAAUGGCCCUGUCAGCCCCAGCAUCACUUCCUUCUCCGGGUUCCCCAUGUGUAUCCCACGAAACACCACCGACCCCCUCUGUCCGCUGAGCAACCGACCUUUCGUUGGGCCGGGCACUUUCACUGCACCUGACCCGCUUGUUAUGGCGCCUUUUCAAGCUGGUGACUUCAUCACUUUCUCCGGGUUUCGACACGGUGGGAAGGUCAUCGCUUUCAGCACUGUCGCACAGAACGUCCAGAUCACCACCCUCGGCGAUAUUGUCUAUGUCAGGAUGGAGUUGGGUCUGCUUGGCAUAGACAAUCCCAGCUCAAACGCUGAGAUCGCCGAGUCUCGAUUCAUAGGCUUUGUCUCGAAUAACCGUGCAACGGUCACUUUUUCUGCAAUGGACGUUGAUCCUUGCACAGGGAACACCGCCGAUCGUAUUAUCGCCUCUAUGGGGCUUCGCGGUGGCCGUAACGCCCAGAACAAGUUUGAACACCGCAACGAGAUUCUUUCUCGGUAUACCCGCGAGUAUCGUGUCACAGCUGAGAUUGAUGGCGUGGCCAAGACUCGGGUCACGAAGAACGGGAUCACAGCGGGUACCUAUGUACAGCCCGUUAAUGUCUGGGUCCCUGGCGAGCAAGACGUUCCCGGAGUACCCCCAGUCCCGUACGACUUCUCUCAGAUGGAGUUCUUGACCAAGGGCGUCGGUAGAGAUGACGAGAACAACAUCUGGGGCUCCCUCGAGCCUUUCCCGCAAGUCGGUGUGCUGAUUGAGGCUCCGAUAUGCCCGGCAGCUCGGAAAGUCAAGAUGCAGAAACGUGGCCAGAUCGGGCGGUGGUACAGUCGGGCUCGCGCUGAUGCCAUCUCACAAGCUGAAAACAUCAACACCACUGGUCCCGUGGUCAACGUUGCCCCGGAGGAGGUCAGGGUUAACGCUGAGAAGAAGGCAAAGAAAGAAGCCAUGAGAGGCCCCCUUUGA